AUGCCCAAGAACCGGGUUUCCUCUCCUACGGCUGCUGGCCAUAACACCCAGGAAGAACGUCAGUCCUCAGAGUCCGGUGACGACCACGACCAUGACCACGAUCAUGAUGAUGAUCAUGUUCAUGAUCACGACCACGACCACGACCACGAUCAGGACCCAGCACAAGACCAGGGACAGGCCAAUAAUGCCACUGACGGAACAGCGCCCGUAAAGAGAAAACGACUGACCCAGGCGUGCGAUCCCUGCCGCAAAAAGAAGAUCAAAUGCGAUGGCGUAAAACCAAGUUGUGCCAAUUGCACAAAGCUCAACGUCAAUUGCACGUAUCUGCCUAGCAUGAAGAAGAGAGGACCUCGCCAGGGCUAUAUCGAGCUUCUUGAGAAGCGAUUGGACAAGAUGGAGCAGUUGCUGCAGCAUGGACCAGCCGCAAUUGACCCAGAACUCUUGGACUCGAAAGCGAUCCUUAGUUCGCGCCUACGGCCAGGAAGCAGACGGUCUUUAUCACCAGCAACAGAUGGAGUACACGGCGAGUCUAGCACGAGGGGAGAUCCUGAGGAACGAUACUUUGGAACAACAUCGGGAUACAACUCGCAGUAUACAGAAUACGACAAGCAGAAUGACCCAACCAAGCCAAUCGUGGGGCCUAAAUACAACUCACAAUCGACACUACCUCACAGAGAUCGGCCCAAGAACCCGAUCUACGGCAUCAAGGAUGAAAUCCCCAGAAAAGACAUUCUCGACCACCUUAUCGAACUCUUUUUCGACUCGAUCUAUUUCCAAUUGCCCAUUAUCCAUCCCGGAACAUUCAUGAAGCAGUACAAGGAGGGGAAGAUUUCGCCAAAUCUGCUGAACGCCAUGUGUGCCGCCGUCGCCCGCUUUUCCAAUCAUCCCGAUGUUGUCACCACCCCGGCAUUUUUGGCAGGAGAGCCCUUUGCCACCAGUGUCCGUGGAAUGCUGAUCGACUCUAUCGAUAUUCCCACGGUCUCAAAUGUCCAGGCAUUGGUGUUUCUCUCUAUGUAUGAAUACGGUGCAGCCAGGGGCCCAAGGGCAUGGAUGUUUGGUGGUAUGGCUUUCCGACAAGCUCAGGAGCUGGGUCUGAAUCGCGAGGACAGUAGCCCGGUUUUCUAUUUGAAGGGAGACUGGGUUAUGCGUGAGACGCGACGGAGGACGUUCUGGGCAUGUUUCAUGCUGGACGUCUUGGCUUCGUCCUCAUCGGGUAGGCCAAGGAUGAUGGAUGAACGCGACUGCGAGGUCUUACUACCGAGCGAGGACCAUGAUUGGUGCGACGAGAGACCAGUUGUCACGGAAAUGCUGGACGGCGGUGAUGAUUCUUCAGGAACCGAACACGAACCGGCAGCAGUACCAGAAGUAGCCCAGGACAAGCAAAACGAGGACAAACGGAAUGAAGACAAAGCUGAGAGUGGACUGGAUGUAACCCUAUCGACGGAUAUAGCCGCGAACACCACCGAAAAGGCACAGGAGGCACUCGAACAUAAGGAUAUCUCAACAGCAUCGCCAAAGACCAGGAGGCAGAGCACAGGACAUGCUCUCAGCUCGUUCGCGUAUUUGAUCCGCAUCGUGGCAGUCUUAGGAAAGGUCUCUCAAUACGUGAAUCGACCACGAUCGAAAAAGGCCAUCCCACCAAAUCAGCGAGGCUCAGAGUUCUCGGUGAUUGAUACCGCCUUGACUGCCUGGCACAAGUCCAUCCCGCACCGUCUCGCAUACUCAUUGGAGAAUGGAAAGAUGGUCAAGGAUAAGGGUGAGGGCUGCAUCAUUGUCUUUAUGCAUGUCAUCUAUCACACAGCAGUUGUUCUGCUCCAUCGACCUAUUCUCGCGGCAGAUAAGGCUGCCUUCCCUCUCGACCCGAGCUUUGUGGAAAACUCAAUUGCUCGAUGUGCAGAUGCAGCCAGCAAAGUUUCCGAUGUUCUCGAAUUCGUACAAGCCUACAGCUGUCCACCGCGAAUCUUUAUCUCGGCGUUUUUCGCUUACCCGGUGUUUACGACGGCGACCAUUCAUAUCACAAAUGCAUUUGCAUCAGAUCCGGCUGUGGCAUCCAGAGCGCGACGCAGCUUGAGUAUCCACGUCAAGAUCCUACAGACUAUGAAGUCAUACUGGUCCAUGGCUGACAAGUUCUUCUAUAUUAUCCGAGAUCUGUACUCUAUUCAAUCCAAGAUCAGCUCAUCAGCAGCGGCAUCCAGGGCAGCAGCCGCAUCGCAGGAAGGCUCGGGAAAUAUUCAUAACCAAUCCGCAAUGUUCUCUACUGGUAGAAUCAGUGGAUCGUCAGAAUUGUUGGGCGCACAAAGGAUACCGACAUCGGAGACAAACAAUGUAUCAUCAGAGCCCGACGGCGCCUCAACUGCACCGGAAGCAACUGGCAAACUGGCUUCAAUCAGUUCUUUCCUCAAGAGUGACUCUGGUUUGAUAGCGCUCUGGAGACGAGCCACAGAAAUGCAGGUCUUGGAUAAGGCAAAACAGGAACAAAGGCAGCUGUCGGUGUCGGAGGAGACACUGAAACGGUCUGUCAGUCUCGAAAUUAAAAAAGAGUUGCACCCACAAGAUAAAGCGCUACUGGAACAUCGGGCGCGGAUGAAUGCGCUCGAGAUUCAGCAAAUCAACCAGGAGUUCGACAGGCGAUGGAAGUCUAAGGCUGAAGAGCCACCAUCAUCUAGGAACAAUGCCGCUGAAAAUGGGUCUAUCAUGGAGACAGCUGGAGCUAAGCAGGAUCCGACAUCAUCAGAAAAACGACAAAACGAAGAAGACUCCAUCAACCCUAAGGGCUCAAAGCAGGCCAAGACAUCGAGGGCAACGAAAAUAUCAAAGUCCACAGGAAGAAAGACUGGCGGACUCUCUUUAUCCAGCACUGACGAUAUUGAACUGAUGCAAGCGCCGAGUGCUGUGCCAGCUAAUGCAGGUUCAAAUCUCGGAGGCGGGAGAAAUAGCCAGCAAUCAAAUGGGCAGUCAAUCGACCAAACCACCUAUCGUCAUUCGAUCCUGCAGCAGCCUCAACAAUUACAGCAACAGGACUCGUAUAUACUUCAGCCAAUGCAGAUACAGCCACCUUCUGGACCAUUGAAUGAAGCAGGAAGGGUAACUAUAUCAACAGGAAAUAUGGGCAACCAUUUGAUGGAUGUCUAUGCGCAGCAACAGCAGCAGCAGGAAGCACUCUCGCAAUCCAUUGAUAUGAUACAGAAUGCCAACAUCCAGAGACAGCAACAGCAGUUUCAGAUACAGCAGGAGCAGGCGGCGCAGCUGUCAUCACUCGCCUUUGGACCGCCAGGCGGAUUCACCCCAUCGUUCUUAGCAUCCUCAUCGAUGUCGAGCCAGCAGCAAGAGUUCUCGCCCCAGGGAAUACCAUCUGGAACCGUAUUUGGCCUGCCUCUGGUAUACGGAAGCAACUAUGGCAACAAUCAAGCACAGAAGAUCCAGACAGAGUCCUUGGGAUCCUUGUUUGACUUCGCUUUGCCGCAAGGUGAUAUCUCGUUCCUGUCCAAUUCGUUUCAAGUGACGCCUAAUAUGAUGCAGGAUAGCCUGGGAUUCGGCAGUAUGGGAAACGUACCCGUUCCUUCGUCGUCAACCAAGCCAAUGGGACAGGCAUCACAGACCCCAGGGUCUGGACCUAUGAGCGACGAAAUGAGCUCUGUUACGGGACUCAGUCCAGCAAUCUCUGACACGAAAACUACGUCUUUAAAUCGCACCAUGGACUCGCCGAGCUCAGACUCUAGCAAUCUGUUCAAUAUCUCACCAAGAUUGCAUAGCUUUCUCAUGUCUGACGAGCCAUACAUGGGUGGCAAUGGCGGUGCUGGCGUUAAUGGAAGCGGGGUGAACAAUAGUGGAGGUAUACAAGCAACUCCAACGAAUUUAAUACGAUACCUGCAGCUUCACCACCAGCAGGAGAUGCAGCAACACGAGCUUCAGCAGCAGCAGAACAUGCAGCCUGUACUAAAUCAGCAGAAUUCAUUGAUCUACGACGAUUACUUUCCAUGGAAUCCGUUUUCGGCUCUACAGCAGCAGCAACAGCCCUCAUUGCAGCAACAACAACAACAACAACAACAACAACAACAACAUUCGUCAAUGUAA